CCAUGUCAUGCGUCUGGCUAGGUCAAGCUCCCUCUCCGUGUUCACUGCCGCCUCGUAAGCAUGGAGAUUGAUAUUGCGCCGCAGUUUGGAGCCGAAUUGAAGGAUGGGUUUAAGACAGUGAAUGCCUGGGUCGGCGGUGGUAUAGCUUGGUUGGACGACAUCCAACAGUUCUACCGAGAACGAAGCGCCAUAGAAAAGGAAUACGCCCAGAAACUCAACGCACUAGCCAAGAAGUACUAUGAGAAGAAGGCCAAGAAGACGAGCAGCCUGAGCGUCGGCGACACGCCGACGGUAACCCCAGGCUCACUUGAGAGUGCGUCUAUGACCACAUGGGGCGUCCAAUUGAACACCCUCGAAUCUCGCGCUUCUGAACAUGACCGGUUCGCUACAGCACUCGUCUCCAAUCUUGCCGACCCUCUUAAAGUCCUCGCCGGUCGUUACGAAGAGAUCCGAAAAUGCCACGCCGAAUAUGCAGUCAAGCUGGAGAAGGAGAGGGAUAGUGCAUAUGCGGAUCUGCGCAAGAUGAAGGGCAAAUACGACGGCGUGUGUCAGGAGGUGGAGAAUCGCCGGAAGAAGAUCGACUCCUCCUUCGACCAUGGCAAGCAGAAGGCGCGGAAUGCUUUCGAGCAGCAGCAGCUUGAGAUGCGGAAUGUGAAGAACACAUAUAUCAUCAGCAUCAACGUAACAAACAAGCAAAAGGAGAUGUACUAUCAUCAAUACGUCCCUGAGCUGCUAGAUAGCCUUCAAGAUCUUUCCGAAACCCGUGUCCAGAAGCUGAACGAUAUCUGGUCACUGGCCGCACAGAUCGAAACUUCAACCCUGCGCCGGAGCAUUGAAUACCUCAACCACCUCUCCGCUGAGAUCCCUCGAAACGACCCACGCUUGGAUUCCAUGAUGUUCGUCAGGCACAACGCCGGGCCCUGGCAAGAACCCGCGGAUUUCCAGUUCGAGCCAAGCCCCGUGUGGCACGAUGAUGACAAUCUUGCAACCGACGACUCUGCUGUGGUCUUUCUUCGCAAUGUUUUGACGAAGACAAAAGCUGCUCUGGCAGAGUACAAACGUGAUCUAGAUAAGAAGCAAAGAGAGGUGGAGGGGGCUAGGAGAGUGCGGCAAAACAUUCGGGAGGGAAAGGACAAGAGAGAUGAGGUGGAAAUUGUUCGCGCAAUCUUGGCCCUUCAAGAGACUAUGCAUGAGACGGAGCGACAGAAGGUCAGCGCCGAGGUGGAGGUGUCGACCAUUACCACUGCCGUGGGUGACCUUAGCCUUGGGGCAAGAAACCACAACUUCAAGUCUCAGACGUUCAAGAUCCCUACCAAUUGCGACCUCUGCGGGGAUCGAAUAUGGGGGUUGUCUGCAAAAGGCUUCGACUGCAAGGACUGCGGCUAUACAUGCCACAGCAAAUGCGAAUUGAAAGUCCCCGCCGACUGCCCCGGCGAGCAGACAAAAGAAGAGCGUAAGAAGCUCAAGGACGAGAGGCAGAAGGCCGCACAUAGCGCCGCAUCCACUCCGGCGAACGGCCACGCCCACGACGCGCAGGCCAGCAAACCCGCAAUAUCACGGAGCGAUACGGUAAACUCGAUGAACACUUUGAGUUCAGGAUACUCGGCGACAGCACAACGGUCCGUUUCUGCUCAUGGGGCCAUGGCGCCGACGGCGGAGGAAGCGCCUGAGAAGAAGGCCGCGCCCGCGCCGAGGAGGAAUCGAAUAGUAGCGCCUCCACCCACGCAGUAUAUAAAACCGGAUGAGUUUGAAGCAUCGUCGGCUACCCCUCCCGCGCCAUCCGAACAAAAGGGGAGGAUGCUGUAUGCGUAUCAGCAAAACGGCGAGGGGGAAAUCACGGUCCCAGAAGGGAGAGAUGUCACGGUUCUAGAACCUGAUGACGGCUCAGGCUGGAUGAAAGUCCGCGCGGGCGCCAAAGAAGGCCUCGUCCCAGCUUCCUACGUCGAGCUCCUCCCCGCCAGUCCCGCUCCCCACCAAGCCUCAGCCCCAUCCACAUCCACCACGCACCGCCCGGACUCGAGCUACUCCGCGUCGUCGGCUUCCCUAACCAGCAGCAUCACCAACACCAUGUCCACGACGGCGACGGGCAAGAAGAAAGGCCCCGCCGUGGCGCCCAAGCGCGGGGCCAAGAAGUUGAAGUACGUCGAGGCCAUGUACGACUACGCGGCGCAGAGCGAGGCGGAGCAUAGUAUGACGGAGGGGGAGCGGUUUGUGCUGGUGAAUAUGGAUGCGGGGGAUGGGUGGGCAGAUGUCGAGAGGGAUGGGGUGGUGAGGAGUGUGCCGGCGAAUUAUAUUCAGAUGGUUUAGUUGGGGGAGGGAGCGUGGGGGGAUUGGGUUGGGGGUUCUUGGGAUAGAGGUAGAGAGGUGCGUGGUUAUAUAAGAAAUGGUGUCGUGGUGGGUGGUGGGAGAUGCAUUCGAAUGUGCAUUUUUAUUUCUUCUUCUCCUCUUCUUUUUUCCUCUUCUUUCUUCUCUGUGAGUAUGUAGGAGGUGAACGUGUGAGCGAGCCCGGGGAAUCAGGGGCGUUUGUAGAAAUGGUCGCAUUGGAAGGCGGAUAUGUAUAAAUCUGGGAGGAGCUGUGGAGUCUUUCGAUGAUGAACGUGUCCUUGACAUUUUCUUUGCGUGCCGGGGAGCUUUUCUGCUCUCCAGUCAGUCAAUCAGUCAAG